AUUUCAACCUUGUAAUCUUCAUUGAUUCAUUCUUUCUCUCUCUCUCUCUCUCGCCCCCAAUUCCGCAAACAGCAACACACACCCGCGACAGAAUCGUCGAGCAUCCACAACGUGAGCGCAGCUGGUUGUGGACUGGAUUGCUUUGCCGGGCUGGAGUUUCGGAGUCGGGGGCAAUUGAACUGACUGCCCGUUUGAUUGCUACAAUUAUUAAUUAAAUAAUGUAUAAAAGGGAAGAAAGAGUUCAGAAUUAGAUGGAAUCGCCGAGGAAGGGAGGCUUUGGGUGCUCCCCUAUACCGCUACACAGAAGAGGAGGAUCAUCAGGGUCAUCAUCCAUGGAUAACCUCUUGGGCCUCCUCCGGAUUCGCGUCAAGCGCGGGAUCAACCUCGCCGUCCGCGACGUCCGAACCAGUGAUCCUUACAUCGUCGUCAAGAUGGGCAAACAGAAACUGAGGACUCGCGUAAUAAAGAAGGAUGUCAAUCCCGAAUGGAAUGAAGAUUUAACUCUUUCCAUCUCAGAUCCUAAUGUUCCCAUCAAUCUGACGGUGUAUGACCACGACACAUUCAGCAAAGAUGACAAAAUGGGAGAUGCAGAGUUCGACAUUAAAUCCUUCAUGGAAGCCAUGAAAAUGGAGUUGCAAGGCCUUCCAGCCGGCACCGUAGUUGACAGAGUGUUUCCGACCCGGGGAAACUGCCUAGCAGAAGAAAGCCGCAUCAUCUGGACAGAUGGGAGGAUUUCUCAAGAUCUAUGCCUCAGAUUGAGAAAUGUGGAAUGUGGUGAAGUGGAGCUUUCACUCCAUUGGAUUGACCUUCCCGGUACCAGGGUUUCCUAGAAGCUCAUAACUGAUCUUCAAAAUACUUGCUGUCUUGUCCAUAUAUAUAUAUAUAUAUAUAUACAUGUAUAUGUGGGUUGGCUACAAAAGCUUCUAUAUUACAAUUAUAUCAACUGGGUUUGCUUGAAUACGUCUGUUGCAGAAGAUUGGCCCUGUCUUUGUAUGAUUGAACUCUGUGUUCUUCAAGGUUUUGUAGCUUACCAUGCAGAAUAUUGAAGACAUCUGGUUCUUGUUAUUGUAAUCUGUUUUGGAUUGAAGUUCAUAUUGUCAACAAGUACUUUAGGCCAAAUACAUAUUUUAGUCUCCGU